CUCGCUCUGCUGUGUGUGUGUGUUGUGUGUGUGUUGUGUGUCCGGAUGUGGUGCCGCCUCAGGAGCCAGUGAACAGCGCUGACAUCAGCCUUAAAAAGGCUGCGGAGGGCGAGGCAGAGGCUCCCAAGGCGUCGCGGCCCCACUCCUUCCUUCUCCAGAGAAGUCCAAUUCACGCACCCCAUUUAUCAUGGCAAACAGAGGACCCGCCUACGGACUCAGUCGGGAGGUUCAACAGAAGAUUGAUAAACAGUAUGACCCUGAUCUAGAGCAAAUUCUGAUCCAGUGGAUCGGGGCCCAGUGUGGGCCAGAUGUUGGGCAGCCUCAGCCUGGCAAGGACAACUUUCAGAAGUGGUUGAAGGAUGGCACGGUGCUGUGUAGGCUUAUCAACAGCCUUUAUCCCCCUGGAAAAGGGCCUGUGGCCAAGAUCCAAGGCUCCACCAUGGCCUUCAAGCAAAUGGAGCAGAUCUCACAGUUUCUGCAUGCAGCUGAGAAAUACGGCAUUCUUGCCACAGAUAUAUUCCAGACAGUGGACCUCUGGGAAGGUAAGAACAUGGCCUGCGUGCAGAGAACUUUGAUGAACCUGGGAGGAUUGGCAGUCUCAAAAGGGGAUGGAUUCUUUGCUGGGGACCCCAACUGGUUCCCAAAGAAGUCCCAGGAGAACCGCCGGGCCUUCUCAGACGACAAGCUUAAGGAAGGGCAGAGCGUCAUUGGGUUGCAGAUGGGCACAAACCGGGGAGCCUCUCAGGCAGGCAUGACAGGUUACGGCAUGCCACGCCAAAUCCUUUGAACCUAGCCAUCCCCAUCAUCAUUACUAUCGUCUCCCAGCAUCUUAUCAACAGGAAUCUUUGAAAAUCAUGCUAAAGAUGUUGCGAGUAGAGCUAUUCAAGUCCUUCCUCACAUGUUUCCAGUUGCCAUUACGUUCUCUUUUGGCUAUCCUUUUUUAAUCCCAUGUUUUUUUCUAUCCCGUCCCCUUUUAACCCACACAACUGGAGUAAAACUGGCCUAGUCUCUGAUCACAUAAUUUGUUCAAAAACUGGCUUGUGGCAUUUUUUCACUGACCUGGCAGCAGCAGAACCAUAAAACCACCCUUUUUCUCUCUCUACACUUUGCCAUUCUCACAGAUGGGACCAAAAUGGGGUUGAAAGAAUCCCUUCCUAUCUCCUACCCUCAGGUCUAGCUUUGGAGCAUCUUAAAAAACGGUUCACAUUCCUGUGUAUAGCCUCUCCGUGCUGAUCCUGUCUUUAUUGGCAGCAUUUUUAGACCAAAAAACAUAUCCACUUCUUUUUCGGAGUUUUACCAAAAAGACGUGUGUCUGGAUCUCUCUAGAAUUGUCAUUCUUCUAUUGACCAUUGCAUUUUUGGCUAUUAAUUCCUAUAAUGUCUGAUACCUGCACUACUAUCUGAACUGUCGUUCCAACCACAGGUAUAUCAUUCCAAAUGCACACAGAAACACACUACCUUUAAAUGGGGUAGAAGGAGCAAAUGGCUGGCAGGGAGCAAAAGGUGAACACCUCGGUGCUAGGGUCACAUUUCCACUAUCUUUUUUUUUUUAUAGCUGCUUUUUGUGGAUGAGGAAAGUGGGCUGUUAGCACAAGGUGAGAUUUGGCUGUUUAGCGGAGCUUUGGCAUGGUUUCCUAGUUGCUACUUGGCUCUCUUCUUAAAUCCGUCUCUCCCCAUCCGUAGCAAAUCCUUAAACAGAGCCUCGCCCAGUAGGAGACUUUUUGUUUGCCACCAUUACUUCCCUGCCUCUGUGUGUGUUGCUGCUUACUUGCUAGAGCCAGCUCUCUUGUCCAGUGUCACCUUAUUUUGGGGGUAAAGGCUGAACUCUUAAAAAGAAAAAAGUGUUCUUAACUGUGGAAUGUAUUCUGCCUUGAAGGCACAGAUAUAGAAUAAAGAUUGCUCAAUUCUUUUGUUCAUA